AUGAAGCUAACGGUCUUUCUGGCGGUCGCUAUCCUUUCCCUGAGUGGUAGUCCCACUGGGGUCAAUGCCAUCAACAAGACAUAUUGUCUACUCCACCUUCCCCCACCCGCUGACUGGAUCCCAGGCUUGGAUUUGUUCCCUGUCCGUGUUGCCGAAGGAUUUAAUAGGAACUAUAGUGAACUCUCACUGGAAGGAAUAAUUCAAUAUGCUCAGGAGAGUUGUAACAACAACGGUGGCUGCACUUCCCUUAUAGUUGUUUCUGGUACAUUUCCAGUCCCCAAACAUGGCACAAAAAGACAUGUUAGACUGACGGCUACUUCAGCGAUACCCUCAGGUGACAACUAUAACCCCCGUACGUGGUUUGGUUAUCUCUUUACCGGCCCUCCCGUAACUAUUACGAACUUUACCGAAUUUCAAUGCUCGCAGAAAUCGUUUAACUAUCCCCAAACCCCAGGACCCCUCCCCACUGAACUGACAAAUCAAUUUUUCGGCUUCAAGCAGACUGAAUUUCAAUGCUCGCAGAAAUCGCUAACUAUCCCCAAAUCCCCCACUCCCGGGGCCCCGGAACCCUCAACCCUUAACCCACCAAAUGCGGUCAGAAUCCGUUCUCGGAUUCCAAUCCGAGUAACCCGCGUUCAAAACGAGGCGGCUUACUUGUAG